AUGGCAAGUGCAGUUAAAGUCGCGUAUCAGGGCGUCCCUGGGGCGUACUCGGAGAAAGCGACGCGGCAGCUCCUCGGCUCCUCCUCGAACGUUGUCGCGGUGGGUUACCCUUCCUUUGACGAGACGUUCCUCGCCGUUGAGCGCGACGACGCGGACUUUGCGGUCGUGCCCAUUGAGAACUCGCUCGGCGGGAGUAUCCACGCUAAUUACGAUCUGUUGCUCAAGUUCGGCCUCUCGAUCGUCGGCGAGUACGAUCUCCGCGUCGAGCACUCGCUGCUGGCGCUUCCAGGCGUGGCCAAGAGCGACAUCAAGACGGUCAUUAGCCACCCUCAAGCCCUGGCCCAAUGCGCCCACACGAUCGCGUGUCUUGGGGCGACCCCCCGAGCCGAGUACGACACUGCAGGAAGCGCCAAGAUGCUGGCGGACAACCAAUGGACGGACACGGCUGUUGUGGCCAGUGACUUGGCGGCCGAGUACUACGGACUGCACGUGCUGCAGCGCAACGUGGAAGACGAUGCCGGCAAUUUCACGCGCUUCUUGCUCUUGAGCAAGAAAGCGGACUAUGGACUCGAUGCAAACGCAUCGACUGAGUUCAAGACGUCGCUCGUGUUCUCGUUCGUGGAUAGCAAUGAGAAGGGGCAGCUCUACAAAGCCUUGUCAGCGUUUUCACUACGGGAAAUUGACAUGGCCAAGAUUGAGAGCCGACCGUGGGGACACACGGCAGAGCAGCAGUAUCAUGACGCAGUUGAUGUGACAACGGUGCCGUUCACGGCGGACUUUUCGUUCUCGGCCGAGAACGUCCGUCGCAAGUACAGCUACUUGUUCUACGUCGACCUCAUUGGACACCAAAUGGACAAAAACAUUGUAAAUGCACUGCGGCACCUGCGCGAAUUUUGCAAGUUUGUGCGUGUCUUGGGGUCGUACCCGACGAAGGGGAAGCUGCUAGGCGAGGUACGCAAGACACUGGAAGCGGCUGGUGCGUACCAAGCCAACUCGAUCACUGCCUCGCCAGCCAUGGUGCCAUGCGUGAAAGCACCAGUGCGCUUGAGCAUUGGCGUCUACGGAUUUGGCAACUUUGGACAGUUUCUGGCCAAGACAAUGGUCAAGUCGCAUGAGGUCCGGGCUACGUCACGUACAGACUACUCUGCUGCAGCCGCGCAGCUUGGAUGCAAGUACUAUGCGUCGUCCACAGAGCUGGAGCAGUUUUUUUACGGACUGGAUGUCCUUAUGCUGGGCGUCAGCAUUCUCUCGUUCGAGUAUGUGCUCAGCAAAAUCCCGAAGCAGUUGCUGGAAAAUCUUGUGAUUGUGGAUGUGUUGUCGGUGAAGACACACCCGAAACAUGUUUUGCUCAAGGAAUUGCCCCAGAGUGCGAGCAUUUUGUGCACACACCCGAUGUUUGGCCCCGAAAGCGGAAAGUACUCGUGGAGAGGUUUACCCAUGAUGUACGAAAAGGUGCGGAUCGUUUCCGGUGAGCACAACCGUGUGAUGGACAACUUUUUACGCAUUUUUGAUACGGAAAUGUGCCGCAUGUUGGAAAUGACGUGCGAGUCCCACGACGAGUAUGCUGCCAGCAGUCAAUUCUUGACGCACUUAACUGGUCGAAUUCUCAGCGUGCAGGGUGUAAAAAACACGCCUAUUGAUACUCGAGGUUUCAAGAACCUUGUGCGACUUGUGGAUGACACAUGUAAGGAUAGCUUUGAUCUCUUUCAAGGACUCUACAAGUAUAACCCCAACUCCGAGCUGCAAAUCCAGAAGUUUCGUGAAUCUCUCGACGAAGUCACGCAACAACUCGGCGACAACCAGACCACUCCGUCUUUUCCCCGUGAGGAUGCCUCAAUGAUGGAGAAGUAUCCACUGAACCCGUUGCUGAGUAAAGUCGCAGCGUCGAAAACAGUGGUGAUCCACGGUAUGGCGAAGCAGCUGGAGGCAGAAGGCAAGCAGGUGUGGUCGCUCUGUGUGGGUGAGCCUGACUUUGCCCCAUCGGAGCGCGUACUGAGAGCUGGUAUGGCGGCGCUGGAGCAGGGCAAGGUAAAGUACACGGAUGUGAAGGGCACGGCAGACCUGCGCGCUCUGAUCGCACAGUAUCUGGAAGUGUGCAAGGGCCUGAAGUACGACCCGUUGACGGAGAUCCUUGUCUCGAAUGGUGCAAAGCAGACCGUGUACCAGGCACUGCUAGCAAUUACGAAGCCCGGCGAGCAGGUGCUGAUUCCUGCACCGUACUGGGUAAGCUAUCCGGAGAUGGUGAAGCUGACAGGUGGUGAGCCCGUAAUCCUGCAGACGAAGCUGUCGGAGAACUAUCUGAUCGAUCCGGUGAAGCUAGAGGAGGCGCUGACAGCCAACUCGCGUGUGAAGUCGCUGAUGUUGUGCAAUCCGAGCAACCCUGCCGGCACUGUCCAUUCGCCGGCUCAAUUAGAGAACAUUGCUGUAGUUCUACGCAAGCCUCGAUUCCAGCACAUCCUGGUCAUUGCCGAUGAGAUCUACGAACAGCUGAUUUACCAGGACGAGGGCGAGACAAAGCGCGAGCAUCAAAGCUUUGCGACGCUGCCGGGCAUGUACGAGCGCACGCUGACAGUGAAUGGUUUUUCGAAGUCGCACGCAAUGCCGGGUCUGCGUAUUGGUUACCUCGCGGCUCCCAAGUAUUUUGUGCAGGUGUGCACGAAGCUGCAGGGCCAGUUGACGUCGUGCGCGAACUCGGUCGGCCAGGCAGCAGCUGUAGAUGCCAUGAAGCUCGAGAUGGAGUGUGUGUCGCAGAAGAAGGAGCGCAUGACAGAGACGUUGGCGAUUAUGGACGAGAAGCGCAAGUACGUUGUGAAGCGCUUGCAAGGGAUCCCGCAGCUCGCUUUUGCGUACCCCACGUCGGCUUUCUACGUGUUUAUGGAUUUGUCUUUGAUCUUCGAGGGCAAGCAAGGAACGACGGCGGACAAGAGUGAGGUGGUAAACGACACGGACGACUUCUGCGAGUACCUGUUGCGCCACUUUCACGUGGCUCUGGUGCCUGGUUCAGCUUUUGGCGUGAAGAACGGUUUACGCAUUUCAUACGCGUCGUCGAUGGAGACGAUCCAGCAUGCCAUGGAUGGUUUGGAGCAGUCGCUGGGUGCACUGACAUUCGCUUAG